GUGAUAAGCCAACUAGUCAGCCAUGUUCUUUUAUAGUUAAAUGAUAAUGGUCAGCCACCUCGGUAGCUUGCUAGCUGAAACAUUGAAGCUCUUUAGACUCGUUCAUGUAUAUUAUCCACUGUGUUUUAAACUCACUUCUGUCGUCUAGCUAGUUAUCCCAUUUAAUUUCAUAUGUACUUUGUUGUUAUUAGUCAGCUAACGUAGCUGGCUGGUUAAGUUAGCAUUAGCCUAGCUAGCUAACAUCUCCGACCAUGAGUUCACUGAGCUACUCUCCUCCUGAUAAACAAGAGGAGGUCUGCUGGACGGAGAAAGAGGGUCUGUGGCUGAACGUUGUCGUAAAAGAGGAGAAGGAAGAGGAGGAUGUCACAGUAACAAAAGUAGAGGAUGAGGAUGUUGCAGUGAAAGAAGAAGAGAAAGAGGAGGAUCCCGUUUUUGGAGUGAAGGAGGAGGGAGAGAUUACUGUCAUAUUGGAAGAGGAAGAUACUGGACAUCUGAUUAACCCCAGAGAGAGACGUAACUAUUGUGGAUCCUCUGGGGAGCCUCAACAACAUCAUGAAGCAGAGAAGAGACUCUCUACAUCAGAACACCUCAAGAAUCCCCAACGGAAACCCACAGGGAAGAAACUUCAUCGCUGCUCUGACUGUGGGAAGAGUUACUCAAGAUCAGAUUCACUUAAAGUACACCAGAAAAUUCACACUGGCGAUAAAUCUCACCGCUGCUCUGACUGUGGGAAGAGUUACUCCAGAUCAGAUUCACUCAAAGUACACCAGAGAAUACACACUGCAGAGAAAACGUAUAGCUGUGAUCAAUGUGGGAAGAGUUUUACUUCACCUAGCCAGCUGACUAUACACCAGAGAACACACACAGGAGAGAAACCUUUCCGCUGCUCUGACUGUGGAAAGAGUUUUGUUAUAGCAGGAAAUUUAAAAUCACACCAGAGAACACACACAGGAGAGAAACCUUAUAGCUGUAAUCAAUGUGGGAAGAAUUUUGCUUACUCGAGCAGCCUGAUAGCACAUUUAAAAACACACACAUGAGAGAAUCUACUGCGUUGACUGUGGGGAGACCUUUUCAAAAUCAUCUACAUUACAAUCACACCAGAGAAUUCACACAGGACAGAAAUCUUAUAUUAUUUUAAUGAUGUCACAAUGUAGAAUCCUAAAUGUUUGCCCCCUGUUCUAUUGAUAUUAGGGGAAAAAAUCCAGGCUCUGAAUUGAAAGAGUAUUAUUUAUGUGAUUUAACAAAAAGUGACUAACAAAAGAAAGUGUUGUGUUACACUUACCACGUCAGUGACCCACUUGAAUCAAAAUGCAACACUUUAAAAUGUAGCGAGCUGUUUUCUACAAAUUGUCUUCUAACUAAUGAUGUACACAUUAUUCCCAGAUUCUGUGUGAUAUCGAUUUGAGUGAUGUAAGUGUUGCAUUUCUCUUCGUUCUGGGGACUCCUAAAUUUAAAUGCAUCACUCCAAAAUGUAGCUGACUGUCUUCUGCAGGUUGCCCUCUAACCAGUGAGGUGAAAUAUAUCUCCCAUUUCCAUGUGUUUUUUUUUUAGUUGUGUUAGUUUCAACAGCACCUACAACCUGAUUUUUAUCCGAUCGAUGUCUGUAAUUUAUUGCCACUUUGUUAAAACAACAGUGUUUUUGGUGCUCGUUUAAAAAAUAAUUCCAGGAAUAUGAUUAUUAUUGUGUUUGUGUACAGUGCCUUGCGAAGGUAUUCGGCCCCCUUGAACUUUGCGACCUUUUGCCACAUUUCAGGCUUCAAACAUAAAGAUAUAAAACUGUAUU